ACUAUGGAUGGUAGUGGUAAUGAAUCCAGGUUACUCAAAACGAGAAAAAGAACAUUGGAGAGUGAGAUUACGGCAAUGGAGUUCCAAUGACCUUUGCCCUCUGGAAGAUGCAGACGCUCGUAGUAAUAUUCCCAACCCAGGACCAGGUGCAAUAAACAAUGUGGCAGGACCGUCGGUGAACGGUGACAGACCGAGGACGAUCUUCACGAGGGCGAUAGAGGCGUGCGACCUUCAGUGGUGUGAUAACCACUUACAAAAUGUCUUGAACAAAGACUACUUCAUGUGUGUGCACCAUAUCAAAGAUAUGGAUUAUGGACUAUUCAACCAAUCAGCCUUCCCACUUUGGUCAGAACAUUUACCAACAGCUUGUGCCAGAGUAGAUGCUCUACGUUCCCACGGUUACCCGAAAGAAGCAUUACGUCUCGCCGUCUCCAUUGUUAGAUACCUCAAGAAAGUACAGCAGGACCACCUCAAACAAGCUAAACACAGUGCUCGCAAGUCAAAACGGAAAUGCUCUCAGACGAACAUGACGGCCAGCGAGGUGUUCUACAACAGCAGUAGCAGUAGCAACAUCGUGCGUGAUGCGAGCGAGGCGUGGAUCGGUCAUCCGUUAGAUCCCAUCGGAUGUUUGCUGGACACCCUUCUUGAGGCAUCUAGUGCUAACCCUGAUGCUAUGGAUGGCGGUGAUGGUGGUGGCUUGUCUAGCGGUCCCUCAACCAGUGGGUCAUCGUCCACUCAGUCAUCCUCUUCCUCGGCAAGUCAUGCGAAUAACAAAUACAGGCACGUCAGAGUGACAGGGUCCAACGAUCCCUUAGAGUCCUACCUCACGCUCGCGUACGAGGUAGCGGUCAUCGGACUCGGUCAGCAGAGGGUCAUGCCCAUGGGGCUCUAUGCCCAGGACAAGGCUUGCAGGGCGGAGGAGGAACUUAUCACGAGGCAUAGUGAGAUCCUGAUGGACCAUGAUCUGGUCCAGGUCUUACAACAGCAGGCUAAUACCCUGAUGGAAGGUACUGCCAGUGGUCUCGGUAGCACAGUACGACCUGAGAGCUUUCCAAUGCACACAUUUGGUCGAUAUCUCUUCCAGACGCUCCUCCCAUACAACGCAGACCUAGCCUACAAGGUUGGACUACGGGCCAUGAGAUUGCCCAUCCUAGAGGAAGGGACAUCGGGAAGCGGAGGAUUAACUGCUAGUAGUAUGAACGCUGUCUUGAUGGGUCGAUAUCCUCGUUGGUUUGUACUGGGUCAUAUCGAGUCUCAACAGUGUGAACUGGCUAGCUGCAUGAUCACCGCCGCUAAAGAUGAUCCUCGUCGUCUGCGGAAUGUUCUUGAGGCUGCCCAGCGUCACAUCCACAGCGCAUCGCAGCUCUUCAAGCUCGCUCAGGAUGCCUUCAAGGUGGCCACGCCCGUCGACGGCCCCACCCACUGCACCCUCCUCAAGGCGACCUUUGACCUCGGCCUGCACAUCAUGCGCAUGACGCUGGCCAACAUGAACUGGAGGCGGCGGGACAUGGUGCAUUGGAUGGUCCGUUGCGCCACCGAGAUCGGAAUCGAUGCCCUCAUCACCGUGAUGCAGUCGUGGUACACGCUGUUCUCGCCGACGGAAGCGACGACGAUGGUCGCGACCACGGUCAUGUCACCUACCACCGCCAUUAGAUUGAACUUAGACUUAAGAGCGCAGGAGGAACUUGCAAGGUGUGCUCGGAGUGUAGCUUUACAAUGUGCCGCAAAGGAUCCACCUUCUUGUGCACUAUGUGCUUUAACUCUAUGUGAAAAAGACACUGUAGCCUUCAAGGCCGCGUAUCAAAUAGUCGUGGACGCAGCGGCAGGAGCCAUGAACUCGCAGCAGCUCUUCACGAUAGCACGGUACAUGGAGCAUCGGGGGUAUGCCACGCUGGCCUACGACCUGGCCGUCUUGGCCAUGAGGAAUCUAUCUCUGGGGUACAACCAGGACACGCAUCCAGCAAUAAACGACGUGUACUGGGCGUGUGCACUCAGUCACUCGUUGGGCAAAGAGCAGCUGAGUAAUAUGAUCCCUCUAGUGGUCAAGAGUGUCCAGUGUGCCUCUGUCCUUGCUGAUGUUCUGCAUAGAUGUACUUUAACAGCCCCUGGUGUUGGUUGUCCGCCCGAUGCCAAACGUCGCUGCAUCAAACUCUUGCCAUACGACAAAGAUCCCAUGCGUCAACUCCUCGAUGCGGCCAUCGCAGCUUACAUCAACACCGCCCAUUCCCGCCUCACGCACAUCUCCCCACGCCACUACGGCGACUUCAUCGAGUUCCUCGGAAAGGCCAGGGAGACGUUUUACCUCGCGCCCGACGGCCACAUGCGCUUCACAAAACUCAUAGACGACCUUAAGAUCAUGUACCGGGGGAAAAAGAAACUCAUGCAUCUUGUCCGGGAGAGAUUCGGAUGACGCUGGGCCAUAGAGGGCACCCUUGCAACCCCAAACCGUGGCAUGACGUCAGGAGGAGGCGUCGAAGUGUUUGUGCCGGUUGUGGGUGUCCUAUGGGUGUGACGUCAUUUACUGCAGGGGCAAUAUGCAAAUUUUCUCUUUUUGUUGUUGUUUUAUUUUGUUAAGUUCCUAGAUAUGGAAAAGAAUAUAACCGAUUCUAGCCACACCGUUGUAGUAUUGUGUAUUAUUGAUUUGAUUCAUGUCUCGUGUGUCCAUGUUGUGUAACAUGUUGUUGUGCCAUGAAAUUCAUUCUUAAAAAGAAGUGUUCCACAGUUAACGCCGGUUAAAAUUUGUAGCAAUCCAUAUUGACUUACAUGUUGAACAGCAGUAUUCUGAUGGUCAUCCACUUAAGAUUUUGUCCUAGUUUUUGUCAAAUUUUUAAAAAAGUUCCUCCCUUUACUUUUAAUUCUGAAAUUUGAAGUUCAAAGAAAUAAUCUGAAAGAAUUAAAGAAAAGAAGCUUUGAAAUUCAGCAAGUGAACCAUGAUAUACAGAGCUUCUUUAAAGGCUUAUUAAAGCUUAGAAUAUCUUUCUCAGUCAGAAAAUUGCAUCUUUAACUCCAUUAUAUGUAAAGAGCAGUUGAAUUAAAAUUUCCUUUCCCAUUUUCAGUGUUAAGCAAGAUUAUUUCUUUGGUCUUUGAAACCCUUGAGUGAAUAAAAUCAUUAGAUAUAAAUUUCUACUUCCACGUGUUUUCUAUUAAACAAGACCUGACUUUUUGUCUAAGUACAGUAUGUUUUCAUAUGUUGUUCAAAUUAAACAGUAACCCUGCGUGUAUUUCACGAUCUCUUCUUACAUUACCUGUUUAAUAUGUAAAUGUAAGUUAGAAUUGCAUGGAAUUAAUAUAUGUAAAUGAAACAAUAGAUCAAAUUCAUUGCCAUAAAUGUAAUAUAUGAUACUAAUCUAUAAUACCAGUUUAAAAUCAUUGUAAUAUUUUCUACAUAGCCCUUCACCACUAUCCAAGCUUUGGAAAAACAUUAUGUUGGAACAUUUCACUUGUUGAUAUUGCCAAUAUUACUCAUAAUACAUUGUUCAUCUCUAGUAACAUUGCCAAAGGUAAAAGUUUGUUGUAAAGACAAUUCUUCAUGUAGUUGUACGGUUUUAAUUGCCAAAAGAUGUGAAAUUCAAAUUUCUCCCUACAUUUGCAUUUCAACUUCUCCUAGUGUAAUGUACUAGUUGUCUUAAUGAAUUGUUGGAAUUGAAACAUUUCAUUGAGACAGCUAGAACAUGUGGGUGAAAAAUACUCAUGACUAAAGUGGUAAAAGAGAAAAGUCUCCCCUCCUAACGCCAUUGAUGAAAUUUCCUCUAAUUCUGAUAGCCGACCUUUCUGCUAUUCAUCAAUUAACAACUCUAAAUGUACCGGUAGGAAUGUGAAAGUAUCCUUAUUCUUGAAGUACUGUAACAUAAUCUCUACAAUAUAUUAUCUUUAUCAAUGGCUACAGCAUGCAUUCGUAAUUCUAUAAAUACUGACCAUUGAAAUGAGAAUAUGAAAUUUUUCAUUCUUUGAGACCUUGUGGGUCUUUCACAUAGCUGUUCGCAAGUUAAGAAUGACUUAACACAACCGGUAAUCAUUUCUUGUGAGCAAAUCAACACCAGUGGAAAUUUACGGUUUCA